AUGGAAAAUACUACACAGAUCUCAUAUUUCAUACUAAGUGCCUACUUUGACACUGGGAUUUUCAAAUAUUUAUACUUUAUUAUUAUUAUGUCUUUAUAUAUUUUAAUUGUGUGUACUAACGCCUUGCUCAUUGUUGUUAUCUGUAUGAACAGAAGUUUACAUGAACCUAUGUACAUGUUUCUGUGCAGUCUGUUUGUCAAUGAAAUGUUUGGUAGUACAGGGUUGUUUCCAUUCCUCCUGCUUCAGAUCCUCUCUGACAUUCACACUGUUUCUGUUCCCUGUUGUUUCCUGCAGAUUUUCUGUGUGUACUCUUAUGGAAGUGUAGAAUUUACUAAUUUAGCCGUCAUGGCCUACGACAGAUAUGUUGCUAUAUGUUUUCCUCUACAGUACAACACAUGGAUGACAUCUAACAAGGUUGCGAUGCUUACUGUUAUAACAUGGUUGUUCCCCAUUCUUGCAAUUGUUGUUUUGAUAUCACUGAGUGCCUCUUUACAGCUGUGUGGGAAGAUCAUUAACAAAGUUUAUUGUGGAAACUAUGCCAUAGUUAAACUGGCCUGCUCUGACACAACAGUCCAUAAUGUUUUAGGACUCAUUUACACAACAGUCUCAGUCAUCAUUCCUCUUAUUUUAAUCCUUUACACGUACAUCAGGAUCCUUAAAGUGUGUUUUUCUGGCUCUACACAGACCAGACAGAAAGCUGUCAGUACCUGCUCACCUCACCUUGCUUCUCUGCUGAACUUUAGUUUUGGUGGUUGUUUCCAAAUAUUACAGAGCAGGUUUGACACAAGCAGCGUACCUAAUAUGUUGGGUAUUUUAUUAUCAUUAUACUUUCUAACAUGCCAGCCUCUCUUUACUCCUGUAUUAUACGGCCUAAAAAUGACCAAAAUCUGCAUCAUAUGUAAACGUUUGUUGCGUGGUGAAGUGUAG